AUGUCUUACGAUCCCAAGAACGAGGACGCCAUUUUCCAGAAGGACGUCGAGGCUGUGAAGCAGUGGUGGAAGUCUCCCCGCUUUGCCCGUGUCACUCGCCCGUACACUGCUGAGCAGGUCGUCAGCAAGCGUGGCACCAUGCGCACUCAGUACCCCUCCAACGAGCAGGGCAAGAAGAUGUGGGCUCUUCUUGAGGAGCACGCCAAGAACAAGACCACUUCGCACACCUACGGCGCCCUUGACCCCGUGCAGGUGACGCAGAUGGCCAAGUACCUGGAGACCGUGUACGUGUCGGGCUGGCAGAGCUCGAGCACGGCCAGCUCGACCAACGAGCCGGGUCCGGAUCUGGCUGACUACCCGUACAACACUGUGCCGAACAAGGUUGAGCACCUUUUCAUGGCUCAGCAGUUCCACGACCGCAAGCAGCAGGAGGCUCGUCGCCGCAUGACCCCUGCUGAGCGUGCCAAGACUCCGUACGUGGACUACUUGCGCCCGAUUGUGGCUGAUGCCGACACUGGUCACGGUGGUCUGACGGCCGUCAUGAAGCUCACCAAGCUCUUCGUUGAGAAGGGUGCUGCUGGUAUUCACAUUGAGGACCAGGCUCCUGGUACCAAGAAGUGUGGUCACAUGGCCGGUAAGGUGCUGGUUCCGAUCCAGGAACACAUCAACCGUCUGAUUGCCAUCCGCUUCCAGUACGAUAUUAUGGGUGUGGAGAACCUGGUCGUGGCCCGUACCGACUCGGAGGCUGCUACUCUUAUCACUACCAACGUCGACGAGCGUGACCACGCCUGGAUUCUGGGCACCACCAACCCUGACCUGAACCCGCUUGUGGAUGUCAUGAACGCGGCUGAGCGCAGCGGUAAGCAGGGUGAUGAUCUGCAGGCUGUCGAGGACGAGUGGACUGCGAAGGCUGGUCUCUGCCUCUUCUCGGAUGCCGUUGUGGAUGCUAUGAAGAAGAAGGGUGUUUCGGAGAAGGACCAGAAGGAGUUCAAGCAGGCUGCUGCCAAGCUCUCGAACAAGCAGGCUCGUGCCCUUGCCGCCAAGUACGGUGUGGAUGAGAAGAGCGGCUUCUUCUGGGACUGGGAUGCGCCGCGUACCCGUGAGGGUUACUACCAGUACCGCGGUGGUACGCAGUGUGCCGUUAACCGUGCUGUGGCCUUUGCCCCGUACGCCGACCUCCUUUGGAUGGAGACCAAGUCGCCGAUUCUGGCGCAGGCGAAGGAGUUCGCCGAGGGUGUUCGCGCCGCUCGCCCUGGUCAGUGGCUCGCCUACAACCUCUCGCCGUCGUUCAACUGGGACGCUGCCAAGCUCUCGGAGGAGCAGAUGCGCUCGUACGUGUGGGACCUCGGUAAGCUGGGCUUCGUCUGGCAGUUCAUUACCCUGGGUGGUCUCCACUCGAAUGCCUACAUCAGCGACCUGUUCGCCAAGGGCUUCGCUAAGGACGGCAUGAAGGCCUAUGUUACCCUCGUCCAGCGCCGUGAGCGUGAGAUUGGCUGCGAUGUCCUGACCCACCAGAAGUGGAGUGGUGCUGACUUCGUGGACAACCUGCUGAAGACUGUCACUGGUGGUGUCUCGUCGACCGCGGCCAUGGGCAAGGGUGUCACUGAGACCCAGUUCGGCGGCAAGUAA